GGUGGAUCAACGUUCGUCUAGCAAUGGCCAUGUUACAGAGCCUGUGGGCGGCAAACGACCAACCACAAUUGAUUCCGGUUACUGCAGCACAUCAGAUCCCACUGACAGUCGUUGGUCCUUUGAGGAGGACCCCUUGCUGCCCCCUCCACCAUUGCGGGCACUCCCUCGAGAACAGCAGCACGAGCGCCUUUCAGACUUGACUCUGUCAUCUGCGGCAGGUGGCACCACCACACCCAGCACCCUCAGCCCCUGCUCUGAGACGGGGCCCGAGUCAAGCUCACAAGUGUUUUUUGACGACUCCUCAGACACGGACGUCUCUGAGCAUGGUGAAAGUGCUGCAUCUAUGCUGCUAGAGUUGCAGUCAAAUGGACCAGCUCUUCUUGAAGUACUCUCCAACCAUGCAGUCGAGAUGCACAACGGCGAUCAUAGCGAUUCCUGUGAGCCAGCACUGUCACCAGCCAGGUUGUGCAACGAAGCUCCAACUCCACCUCGGCGGGUGCAUCAGCAGACGUACCGGGAGUUCAAGGAAGCCCUGAGGCUGCAGCGUAUGGGUCUCACACCAACUACCAAUCACGUGCCUCCUGGGCAUCAGCAGCAGCAGCAGCAGCAGCAACAACCACUCAACAGGAUUGGCCCGGAGGAAGAGUUCAGGGCUAGGCACGAGGCCAUAGUGCAUCAGCAGCGACUGGAAGCUGCCUGGGCUCAGCAACGAUUGCAUCGGCCACCCUCUCCCCCUAGCCUGCCGUCAUCACCCUUGCUGGUGCGCAACAUCUUAUUUGCUUGGGCACAGGCUCAUUGGUCACUUUAUUGGCACAAGGACCGUCAGGAGCCCAGAAACAAAAAAGGAGGAGGUUUAGGUGGUAUAAAUAUGCUCAGGAUAGUCAGAAACAUCAGUAUUGUUACAUGGUUGUGACAAAGACGAAACACUUUAUCGGGCAAACUUGGGCUCAGGAAAUGAAAAGUCAAAGUACAAGAAAUACACGAUGUACACUGAUAGCGGUGAUCACAGUCGUCAGCCAUCGGUAAUCUGCUCGUCUGUGAAAUUCAUCAGCUUUUAUACAUGCCUUAUUGAACCUUGCAGCAUUGUCGCUAGUGCUCGCGUUAGCUCUAGAACAGUAGUUUUCAAAUGGGGGUUGGGCCC